UAUUCAACUAUUUCGUUAUUCAGUCACAUGUACGAGAGGAAGCAACAUUUCACGAAAUUUAGAUCCAGGAACUAUCUACACAGAAACUCAAACUUAUAUUGAAUUGGUUGAAAGUAGUGAUUGGUUGAAGGAAUAAUAUACAGAUUGGCAGCUGUGUGCUUUUCGGUCUACGAUCAGAUAAAAGAUAUUUCAAAAUGGACGUACAAGUGGAUCAUGUACAUAUUACGCAACCUAGUUACUUUUAUGUAACCGAUUUCGAAAAGAAUUUUAACUACAAAGAUGGUCACAAGUGGAUGAAGGAUAAUUAUAUAAUCCCUUUCUAUUGCUGUGCUCUUUACCUUGUGCUAAUUUUUGGUGGGCGUUAUUACAUGUCGAAUAGACCAAAGUUCGAAUUAAGAGGACUGCUUGCUAUUUGGAGUGGAUCUCUCGCAAUAUUAUCUAUUAUUUGUUUUGUUAGAACGCUACCGGAAGUUUAUAACAUAUUAAGCAAUCAUGGAUUCUACCACAGUAUUUGUACAGCUAGCACUGCAUAUGAUCCUGUUAACUGUCUUUGGUUAUGGUUGUUUUGCUUAUUGAAAGUGCCAGAAUUAGGCGACACAUUCUUCAUUGUGUUACGGAAGCAACCAUUGAUAUUUCUACAUUGGUACCACCACGUGACAGUUCUCCUUUAUACAUGGUACUCUUGCGUAGAAAUCUCAGGAUACUCCAGGUGGUUUGUCGUAGUAAACAGUUUCAUUCAUUCUUGGAUGUACUCUUAUUAUGCUUUGAAAGCAAUGGGAUUCAAACUACCAAAAUGGCUCGCCAUGACAAUUACUACACUACAGAUAGCGCAAAUGUUUUGGGGUAUACUUGUAACUGUAUCGGCGUAUUAUUACGCGUAUAUUGCUCAAGUUCAGUGCAACGUUCCGGUUAAAAAUCUCACAUUUACUACGUUAAUGUACCUCAGCUAUCUUAUCUUAUUCAUCAAUUUUUUCAAACAAACUUAUUUUUCUAACAAACGUGCAAACAAAGUCGGAAGGAAAAGUCGAACUAAGACUGAGUGAAAUAUGUAAAAGCUAGUACUACUUUGUGAAAAUAUAUUUUGUCGAGAUCUCUUGCCGCUGGUUGUUUUCUACAGAAAAAAAAAAAAAAAAGAAAAAAAUAGUUGACUCAUAUGUGUCGGAAACUUAUUAAUUCAAGAGAUGUUCUAACUUUAAUUUUUAAUAUCUAUCGCAUAAAAAAUAAGGACAAUAUCAAUACAAAAAUAUCGAUCCUGUCAAAAAAUUAGAGUUAAUAAUUUUACACACACGCGCACGCACGUAAAUUUUUUACAAUGCGUUACAAAAUACAUUUAAAUCUCUAUACGUCUAUUUACAAGAUUUAGAUUGUUGUUUCCCACGUUGUUCAAUUCCAUAAACUGAAAUGUACAAAGAAAUUACAAUUAUAAACAUUAUUCUUAAAAA